AUGAAAGUGUUGAACUUGGUGCGAGAAUUCGAGAGAAUGCAAAUGAAGGAUUUUGAGUCCAUUAAAGAGUACUCAGAUAAAUUGAUUAGGAUUGCUAACAAGGCAAGAGCAUUAGAAACCAAUUUAUCUGACAAUAGAUUGGUUCAGAAGAUUCUAGUUUCAGUACCUGAGAGAUAUGAAGCAACCAUUGCUUCCUUAGAAAAUACUAAAGACCUCUCAAAACUCAAGGUGAUAGAAGUGGUUAGUGCUUUGCAAGCACAAGAGCAGAGGAGGUUAAUGAGACAAGAAGGAAGCAUUAAGGAGGCAUUGAAAGCUAGACUGCAGCAGGGAGAAGGUGGAAGAGAGAAGAAGGGAAGUGUGUUCUAA